AUGGUGCUUCCAAUGCUCAAGGCAAUGGAAUUGGGGGCAAUUAUCACCUCUCAAAUUGGUUUUCAUCUACCAUACACUACAAGGUUAGGUUUCACUUGCACGAACAACAUGGUAGAGUAUGAGGCGUGCAUAUUUGGCAUUGAAGCAGCCAUUGAUCUAAGGAUUAAGAUUCUUGAAGUUUAUGGAGACUCAUCCUUGGUAAUCAGCCAGGUUAAUGGAGAUUUGGAGGCUCAUGAUCAAAAGUUGAUAUUGUACAAAAAGCAUGUCUUGAAGCUAGUCCUAUAUUUUGAUGAGAUCACAUUCCACCAUAUUCCUCGGGAGGAAAAUCAAUUGGUAGAUGCUUUCGCUACCUUAGCCUCCAUGUUCAAAGUCAAGUGGGCCAACGAAGUGCCAUCCAUUUGCAUUAACUACUUAGAUGAACCAACAUACUGUUUGGCAACCGAAGAAGAAUCUGAUGGCCAUCCAUGGUUUUAUGAUAUCAAGAGGUACUUGGAGAACCAAGAAUACCCAGAAAAUGCUUCCAUCACAGACAAAAAGUAUCUUUGA